AUGAAGGAAGAAGAGAAAUUUUCCCUAGAGUGGGUUGGCACGAAAGAUGUCUAUGAAGCACUCCGUCUUGAAACAAUUCAACGAGUGUACUCUUAUAAAGUGACCAAUCGCACUCUCGGAAAGGAUAAGGCACCCCUAUGCAUCGAGCUCAACAAACCUCCUCUGGAUCCAGCAUUUGUUGAAGAAAUGAAGGAGCUUCGUUACGCAAUGCUCCUAUCCAAAAUCAAAACUGACUUAGAAAAAUCGCACCAGAACGAUCCCAAUUGCAAAGUCAGUGGAUCAAAGGACGAAAAUGGCAAAGAAAUCAAUGAUGAAUCUGAAGAAGAAAAGGAAGAUGAAGAAGAUGAAGAUAGUGAUGAUGCUGAUGCAGAUGAUGAGAAUGAUGAUGAUGAUGAUGCUGAUGAUGAUGACAAUCAAAAUGGGGGUAACACGAACUAUGACAGUGAUUCCCCUCUCUUGAUCAAUCCGGAUUACAAUUCAACAAUACCCGAAGAAUCCUCAUCACACAACUCUCCCUCCCAAAGUGAUGACAAAAGGGAAGCAUCACUCAAGGAUGACGAAACUUCAAAUACUCAACCUGAAAACUUGUCUCGUGCUAUCGUCCCCCAUGUUUAA